GCGCGCACCCGUUGUUAUUAGAGUCGCGCGCGUCGUCACAUCAAGCGAAAGCUACAGUUGAACAGAAGGCACUAAAAGGCAUCGGAAGGCACCAUGGCCACACCAACGUCUCUAGAUCCAGAUUUGGUUCGGGAGGUGUUGGAAUGCCCCAUCUGCCUGGAGACCUACAGCCAGGACCAGCUUCGACCUAAAUUGCUGCAAUGUGGUCAUUCUGUGUGUCGUCAGUGCCUUGAGAAACUCCUCGCCAGCACCAUAAAUGGUGUGCGCUGCCCCUUCUGCAGCAAGGUGUCUCGCAUGAGCAGUAUUUCCCAGCUGGCAGACAAUCUCACCGUGUUGAAGAUCAUUGACUGUGCAAGUUCAUGUGGAUCUACUAUGGGUCUUAUGUGCAAGUCCUGUAAGAACCGCCUGCCCCGUCAGUACUGUUGCGACUGCGGCAUCGUACUGUGCGACAUUUGUAAGAACGAGGGUCAUCAGCGCCACGGUCACGUCGUACAGGCCAUCCGCAUGGCUGCCGAACAGCAGCGGAAAGACCUCAAUGGGAAGCUCGGCAACUUGCGUGAGACAAUGGGUAAUAUUCAGAAGAAGAAGGCGGCCAUUGACAACAUGGCAAAAUCACUCCGACUGAAGUAUAAGGCUGUCCAGCAGGAGUACAACAAGGCUGAGUUGCGGCUCCAGGAAGAACUUGGCCGCUCGCGCCAUGCCUUUGCCACAUCCAUGGCUGAAGUAGAGAAACUCAAUGGCCAGAUUCUGGAGGAGCAGACCUACCUGCUCAACAUUGCCGAAGUGCAGGUGGUUUCUCGUUGCGACUACCUCAACUUGAGGAUAAAGCAGACUGAUAUUGCUCUACUGGAGGAAGGGAGCAAUAAUGACGAAGAAGAGUUGGACUUAAAAAUGAAUCUGCCUGUCAUUUUGAAACUACAGGAGCCUGAACUGGUUAAAACAGAGCACUCAAAACCCUUAGAUGUGGCACAGCUGACUACUAAACCCUGCACUGUCAAUGCUGAAGAGGAAGAUGGGCUUGAGUUUGCCACUGCUGCCACUGACACUUUGGACAUAUAUCGUGAUAUCGACAUGGUAACGGCAGUCGAAGAGGCGGUUUGUGCUUCUCCCGGUAGUUUCAAGUCCAAGUCUGUAGAUGGAGGUGGACCUUCUCCAGGGGCUACUGGCGGGCAGCUCUGUCAGUUUGUGAAAAAGAUGGGCUGCAAGGGGAAUCUCCCUGGCAUGUUCAACUUGCCGGUAAGUAUUUGCGUCACUCCGCAUGGUGAGGUGCUCGUGGCUGACCGAGGGAACUACCGCAUCCAGAUCUUUAACCGUAAGGGCUUCCAAAGGGAGAUACGUCGCAACCCAAGCAGCAUUGACAGCUUUGUCUUGAGCUUCCUCGGCGCGGACCUUCCCAACCUUAUUCCUCUCUCCAUUGCAAUCACUGCUCAGGGCCUCAUCGGGGUUACCGAUAACUAUGACAAUUCUGUGAAGGUUUAUACCACUGACGGCCAUUGCAUCGCCUGCCAUAAGAACCAGCUCAUCAAGCCAUGGGGGAUUGCCGCCAUGCCUUCGGGUCAGUUCGUCGUGUCGGAUGUGGAAGGUGGAAAGCUGUGGUGCCUGGCUGUGGAUCGUAAUGUUGGGGUGGUCAACUACAACCGUCUAUGCUCAGCAGUCAGGCCCAAAUUUGUGACUUGUGACUCCUCAGGGACGGUCUACUUUACACAGGGCUUAGGCCUAAACAUUGAGAAUAGAUACAAUGAACACCACCUCGAGGGGGGGUUCUCCAUCGGCUCGGUGGGCAUGGACGGGCAGCUGGGAAAACAACUCAGCCACUUCUUCUCAGAAACCGAGGACUUCCGUUGCAUCACAGGCAUGUGUGUGGACUCUAACGGGGACUUGCUCGUGACAGACAGUGGUCGGAAGGAAAUUCUACAGUUCCCGAAAGAAGGUGGCUAUAACAUUCUCAUUCAGGAGGGCCUUACGUGCCCCGUAGGGGUGGCUGUUACUCAAAAGGGACAACUGCUAGUCUUGGAUUGCUGGGACCACUGUGUAAAAGUCUACACGUACUUGCAGAGGAGGCGUUCUUCUACUUGUUAAUAUCGCUGUGCAGAUGUAUGAAGGACAUUUGAAUGAUAUAAAAUACUGGUAACUUCAAUUGAAAUAAUAAAUGCAACUGCUUCUUAGUGCUUUCUGACCAGCAGCAAGCAAUGACCUUGCCCAGGCAGCAACCAUUCACCACUGCCAUGGAGCAAUUUGAAGAUAUUAUUUUUGCUGCUACGGACAAAUGCAUUUUGAAUUACAGCACAACUGAUGGCAAUAACUGAUAGUGUUUUUUAUUUAAGCGUGCAAAUCAGUUUCCAUUUUAAAUAGUUUUUUUCUGUACUGCUGUAAUGGCAUUAAAUAGUCUUUUGAGGAAUUGAAAAUAAAAUUAUUAUUCUUUAUAAGGUGGUUUACCUGAAAUACCGCAGGGGGAUUUUGAUAACUCAAAACACUAUUGGUGUAAAUUCCCUGUUCUUGUGACACAAUUUUAUGUAUUACCCAUAAUGCCUCGCUGUUAAAGUGCCCCCUAAUACAUGAAGCUUGUGUAAGUAAAGAGACUUACUUACAUUCAUAUGGACAAUAUGAUUCUAUUAAACAUUACAAUGCAGUGUAACUAGCCAAUAUUACGUUUGUAAAAAUCAUACUUGUUAUUCACUGCAACUUUAAGAAGAUAAUUAAAAUGUCUCAUUUAAGUAGUCUACAAUUGUGAAUCAUUGACUGUGAUUGGGUUGUUCUGUGAUCUGGUUUGCAAACCCAUUGCUCUGUUGAAGUUACCAAAGGACUGUCAGAUUCAGGAGAUAUUAGCAUGUAAUCAGAGUCACUGCAAUAGUUAAUCUACUGCAGGGAUAUGACUGACUUUAAACAGAAAAUGAGCAGUUUACUAUGUUACACAAUAAAUUAACUAAUUUAAGUGUCCUUGUUUCUAAGAGGUGGAUCUUAAGACUGUUGCUUAGUCUAUCAAACAUUUGAGUGGGAAAUGUAUUUUUAAUUUGGGCUUUGACCAUAUUUAACUGCAUCAUUCAUCUUUUAGAUAGGACUGAAAUUGGUGUUCUGUUGUAAAAUCAUAAUUCUACUCAACAUAUCUGCUUUGCACAUUAAAGGGUUAGUUUAAUCAAAAAAGAAAAUAAAUUCUGUUGUCAUUACCUUCAUGUCGAUUCAAAUUUGUUUGACAUUUCUUCUGUGGAACACAAAAGGAGAUGUUAGGCGUAAUGAUAGUCUCAGUCACCAAUCACUUUUAUUGUAUGGGGAAGAAAUUCAAUAACAACAUGCAGCGAAGUGAAUGGAAACAGAGGCUGUUAAUCGCAACAUUCAGCCUAACAUCUUUUUGUGUUGCACGAAAGAAAGUCAAAUGUGUUUAGAACAAAAUGAGGGCAAGUAAAUGAAGACAUGGUUUUGCAUUUUUGUGUGGACUAUGCUUUUAAAAGUGCUCGCCUGUCAUAGAGUAGUGCAUUUAUACACAUAAAUUCAUCAAUAUAAGAUAGCAUCACAAGAUGUUUUCAUUUUGGUUGUGAAAACAUAAUGUGUGACUUGAAGACAAGUAAAGAUCAAUUCUUUGAUGUUAAUUUUCAGGAACCUUGACAAAAUCUGUAUGAACUUGCCAGGAAAGAAAUAAAAAAAGUGAUAUCAGCAGUGUCAGGUUUAAUCGGAUAUAAAUGACAGGUGCUGUUUAUAGUGGUAUUAUUCAUGCACUGCAGUCAUUUUAAAUAUUUUAAAUAUGGCCUAAAUUAUGAGUAUUUUCUCAGACUGUUUGGCAGGAGAUGCUGAGUGGACAUUACUCUCUUAAAAUUACAAAACGUUCAUGUUAAAGCAUUGAUGUUGGUGUCAGUGAAUUGAGCCCAAAUUCAUGUUUGUAUUGUUCAUGACCAAUUGCGUGCAAUAAAUUCAACAUA